UGCAACCUAGGGCCGCGUUUCACGCCGCUGCCACUGACACACGCCGUUGCCGAGACACCAAUUCAUCGUCGCUUCUACUCCUCACGUGCAUCCUCACACGCCUCUCUCCGAUCAUUGGAUAGAGCUAGUCCUCUACUUCGCAACAAUCAUGUCGCCAAGUUUCAAAGCAUUGGCUAGAUGAGUGGCCCGCGCUUACGGCCAGACCAUCGCGAUUUUCUGUCUUCCUUCCAUUAUAACGGCGAUGGCUGCGUCUAAGUGGGCUCUGAUACGCCCCUUCUUUUUGAUCCUCACCCUCCAUUCCUUGGCCAUCUACCUUUUUACCCGCGGUUUCCUCCUAACCCGAACCGAGCUCUCCUCAUUCAGCCAUUGCUCCGAUAAGUACCAAUCUCCAUGUUCGAUUCCCUCUCCUACAUAUAAUGCUAAUGCAUCCUUUUUUGGUGAUCGUCCGUCCAAAUCCGGAAGCAACGGUCAAUGCUGGACCAGGCCCGCUGUGGACCGCCUCGUCAUCAUCAUCCUCGACGCCCUCAGGUUCGAUUUUGUGGCGCCGAGUUUUUUCUUUGAAGAGAAGAAGCCUUGGAUGGACAAGCUAGAAGUACUGCAAAAGCUGGCAUCAGACGAGGGAAUGAGUUCAAGAAUUUUUAAGGCAAUUGCUGAUCCACCAACCACUAGUUUGCAACGCCUCAAGGGAUUAACGACCGGUGGACUUCCUACAUUUAUUGAUGUCGGGAAUAGUUUUGGAGCUCCUGCUAUUGUUGAAGAUAAUUUGAUAUUCCAGUUGGCUAACAAUGGAAAAAGAGUGCUGAUGAUGGGCGAUGAUACUUGGGUGAAGUUAUUUCCUCAUCAUUUCAAUGAGUCAUAUCCUUACCCUUCAUUUAAUGUUAAAGAUCUUGAUACAGUAGAUAACGGUGUCAUCGAACACUUGCUGCCUUCAUUGCUUAGAGAUGAUUGGGACGUUCUUAUUGCACACUUUCUAGGCGUUGAUCACGCAGGACAUAUAUAUGGUGUUGAUUCAACUCCUAUGAUAGCAAAGUUGGAACAAUACAACAAUAUUCUAGAGGAAGUUGUUCAGGUUUUGAAGAACCAGUCUGGAUCUGGUGGUCUUCAUGAGAAUACUCUCCUUGUAGUGAUGGGGGACCACGGUCAAACAUUAAAUGGUGAUCAUGGUGGUGGCACUGCUGAAGAGGUUGAAACAUCACUUUUUGCCAUGAGCUUGAGGAAUCCUCCUGCUCCAGUUGCUACUGUUCUUGAUAAAAACUAUUGCCAGCUAGAUUUGGAUGGAAAGAAAAUAUGCAUUGGUACAUUCCAGCAGUUGGAUUUUGCUGUUACAAUGGCAUCACUCCUUGGUAUUCCUUUUCCUUUUGGAAGUAUUGGGCGUGUUAAUCCUGAGCUUUAUGCUUUAACUGGUCGUACCUGGGAAACACAUAAUCAAUGUGCUGAAAAGUUGGGGUCUCAUUCAAAUUUGGAAUCAUGGAUGUUAAACUAUGUCAAUAAUCUUUGUGUAAACACUUGGCAGGUAAAAAGAUAUAUAGAUUUAUAUUCUAUAACAUCUGUCAUUGGACUUCCUGCAGAAGAUCUGCGUUAUAUAAAUGCUUUAUAUAGUCAAGCUCAAGGGAGCUGGUUAGAUAUCAUGAAGUUUGCACUCUACUCCGAAAAUGGCACCCAUAGCAGGAUAAUCGAUAAUACAGCAUCUGUUCUUCAAAGACAAAUUGAUGCAUAUUCAAGAUUUUUGGAAGGUGUUGCGGAGCUUGCACGCUUUGCAUGGACUGAAUUCAAUUUGAUGUUGAUGGUCUUUGGUCUUUGUGUUAUGCUAACAGCCCUCUGUGUUCAUCUUUAUUCCAUCAGAACAGUCCAUGCCCUGUGCAAAUCAUAUUAUCCAUUUUCAGGCCGUUCUGCUUCUUUAAGAAUUCUAACAGUUACCUUUUUUGUGGCAAUACGUGCGUUCAGUUUCCUCUCAAACAGUUAUAUAUUGGCAGAAGGCCGUGUAGCAAGUUUUCUCUUAGGUACAACUGGCAUUCUUAACCUAUGGUUUUCAUCAGAUACUGGUGAAGUUGCAGUAGAAAACUUAUUGUUUCUAGUUCUCAAUAUCAUCAUCAGAUUCGGCAUGGAAUCUGGGCUAUCGAAGGAGACUAUUGGUUCUGGUUCUUCAAUUGUUCAUUCUUUCGGCAGUACUGGUAUUGAGAAGGGAUGGUCUUUAAAGAUUGGUCUGCUCGAACUCUUACCAAUCCUUGCUUUGUCUAUAUUGGUGGUCCUUAUAUAUAUUAUUAUUUCUCGAAACUCUUUUUGGAAACGCUUAAAAUAUUUUUAUACUAUGGGAAAUAUUCUAUGCUGCAUGCUAAUGUCAGUGCACUGGAUCGUGGAAAGCAAUAUCAUUGGUGCUUCUGAAGAACUUAAGAAUUUUGGAAAAACUUUUGCACCCCGAAUCAUUUAUUCCAUUGGACUUCUUCAUUUUGUCCUAUUAGCACUUUCACUGACUAUAAAUAAGAAAUAUAUGGUUCCGGUUUCAAAUCCAACCGAUGCAUUAGCAAUUGUAGCCACAGGCAUGCUUUCUGCUUGGAGCUCAACUAUUUUAAUUUUGUUGGGAAGGCAAGGUCCAAAUGUUGCUUUAGUCUGCAUACUUGGAGCUUGGUGUAUAACAAGGCUGAACUGGGCAGCACAAGUUGAUGCUGAAAGUGGUACUGCUACAGGACCCAUUUCUAAUCCUAUGCCGGUGUUACAGUGGAGCCUUCUAGCAGUUUGUCUGUUCUCUUACACUGGUCACUGGUGUACAUUUGAUGGCCUCCGGUAUGCGGCUGCAUUUAUCGGGUUUGAACAUUUCAAUAUAGUUCAGCAAGGUAUUCUACUUGCAAUUGAUACAUUUGGUGUAUCCCACAUCAUUCCUGUCUUGUCGAUUCCCUUUCUUGUUCUAUACAAGCACCAGAUUUCUAAGAAAAAACAUCCAGAUGGUCUUCUCUUCAUCAACCUUACGCAGGCAUUCUUGAUAUAUGGGCUUAUUACCGCUUUCACAACUACUUUGACAAUAAUAUGUGUCACAAUUCAAAGGCGGCAUUUGAUGGUUUGGGGUUUAUUUGCCCCCAAAUAUGUUUUUGAUGUGCUUGGAUUGCUACUCACCGAUGUCUUGAUUUGCGUGGGAUCACUCUUCUAUUAUUGACCUGCACUUUGAUGAACAACUGAAAAUUUAGGCUUUGUUUUGAACAGCUUUCUUACUGCUUCUUAAAACUGUUUUUUAAUAUAAAAAUUAAUUUUUUUAUAU